AUGGGUGCCUUCAGCAAGGACAGCGCCUAUCUGAGCAUUGUAGGGGAUCAGCAGAACACCAUGCCUCUCCUUGUCAACAGACUGGACCCGACCGUAACACAUCAAAAGACCCGUUGCCCCGUCUUUGUUUAUGGCCAGGUGGUUAAAGGUCGUUGUGGUAUGUCUACGGCUGUCACCCCCGCCAAAGGGUCGGAGCCCAAGGCCAAGGAGGUUGUAUCCCGCCCGUGUCCCGCGUCAUGCGGUUCGACCAUCUCGGGCAGGGACCCUCACCCGAUGUGCAUAGCGUGCAUGGGCCCUAAACACGCCCAGGCUUCGCUGGCUGACCCACAAUCAUGUUCUCACUGUGCUUCAAUGCCUGAGAAAAUUUUGGAAAGGAGGUUGAGAGUAGCUGUGGCUAACAGUCAGGACCCCUGUCUGGCAGCCGCCACUCCCAAGCCCGACGUCCAUCAGCCGCGAGUCUCUACGAGCUGGGCGGACUUGAUGGACACUGAAUCCCCGGUUAUGCCCCCGCUGUUCGACGACCUAGAUCAGGGGGUGCUGGGGGAUGAGGACGCAGAGUGCGAUGCUGACUCCGACCUCCUCGACAUGGUGGAUAUGGAGGAAGAAGAGGAGGACGAUUCUUUUCCACCCCAACAGUCGAGGCCACCUAGCGGUGCCGAGGCUGCUCCACCCAUGGACAGCGACUUGUAUGAAGUCUGUAAGCGUGCUGCUGCCAAACUGGGAAUUGCAUGGCCUGCAGCCCAGGGUGCAGAGGGGGCGGAGCGGGACCUGUAUGAUGGUAAGAGGCUCCCGCCAGCUCAGCCUCCACCUAAACAGCUCUUACCAGCGGUGCCAGCCUGUAUGAAGGAGAUGAGCCGUUACUGGCCAUCCCCUUUCAAGAGCAAGCUCCCAACCAAGGGCUGUUCCAAGCUGGAGAUUCAGGGGAUGAGUGAGCUGGGUCUGGCCGAACCCCCAGCGGUGGAGCCUUCAGUGGCAUACCACCUACAUCCUAAUCGCAGGUCAGUUUCAGCCUCAUCCAGCGUUUCUCUGCCCAGUAAAUCAGAUCGCCUCACCGCAUCUAUUUACCAGAGGAUGUAUAAGUAUGCAGCUCAGUCAGUGUGCUCCCUCAACGCUGUCACACUUCUGUCAGCGUACCAGGCUGAGAUUUUGGAGGAGAUGGGUCGCCAGCUGGAUUCCCAGACCCCCAACCCCCUCCUUUGGGAUGAAAUAUGCGUGGUGAAUGAUCUCCUCCUACGCUCCUCCAGGGGAGCAGUGCAGGGAUGUGGCCGCAUCAUGGGGCUAGCAGUCACAGGUGAGAGAGCCCUGUGGCUGAAUUUGUCUGGUUUAAGUGAUUCUCAGAAGGCUGAGAUCAUGGAUGCAGCAUAUGACCCCACCAAAGGUCUUUUUGGCCCUGCGCUGGAGAGGAUGAAGGAAACCAGCACGCGCAGGAAGCAGGAGGGAGAAGCUUUUGACCUCUGCUUACCGCGCAAACCCCAGCCUCGCCCUCCUCAGCCUCCCAGUGCUGGCUUUGCAGCAUCAGCAAUGAGGAGGAAACCCAGCAGCACCAGGAUGCAGAAGCCUGGCAGUGGCUGCCAGGAACAGGCCAUCUUCCCACCCCGGGGAGGGGAAGAAGAAGCGUGCAACCUAGCACAGCCUCCUCAACCUUUUCUUCCUCCACCCAAAAGAAGGAGGGAGGAACACAGUCCCUUGGUUCUAAGUUUGGAGGCUCCCAUUGUUCCCAGUUCUUCAGGAGCCCUCCUUCAGUCUCUCUCCUCACAAAUGAUGGGAGUGAAGACUCAAGGGCAGGUUACACAGUGUCACCAAGCACUCAUUCAGUGUCACCAAAUGUCUCCAAGGUUUCUGUUAGUGCCACCAAACACUUUACAGCACCUUUGUUCUCAUUCAGGGGAAAAAGAACGAUUAAAGAAUGCAUUCCUGCAUCCAAGCAAGUUGCUGAGGGCAGAAUGCUCCCCAAAAAUAAAAAACACAAAAAUAAUCGAACUGAAGAGGGAACCCCGCCUGGGUCCGCUGUCCCCAGAAGGGGGAGCUCACGCUCCUCCGGCGGAGAGCUCUCGCCGUCGCGGAGUGAUGACGUCACUCGAGUGCGACGACAUGGGACCUCUGGCUUCUCGGGUGGAGAGGUGGCGCGCAUGCGCAGUUCACUCUUGGGUGUUGUCAACGGUUGCCAAGGGUUACAGACUGCAGUUUGCUAUGAAACCACCCAAAUUCAACGGUGUGUUAGCUUCAGUAGCGAACGGAGCGUCGGCUCAUGUUCUGGAAGAAGAGAUUGUGUCGUUAUUAAACAAACACGCAAUCAGAGUGGUUCCGAGCGAGGAAAUACAUCAGGGCUUUUAUUCCCGGUACUUCCUCUUUCCAAAGAAGGGAGGCUCAUCCCUGCGGCCAAUUCUGGACCUCCGUGUAUUGAACAAACACUUAAGAAAAUACACGUUCAGAAUGCUAACACACAAAGUGCUCUGCCGCUCGAUUCGUCCAAACGACUGGUUUGUGACGAUCGAUUUAGCAGACGCGUAUUUUCAUAUUGCCAUUUAUCCAGCACACAGGAAAUUCCUCAGGUUCGCCUAUCAAGGGGCGGCCUACGAGUUUCAGACAAUCCCUUUCGGCCUUUCGUUAGCUCCGAGGGUAUUCAGCAAGUGUGUAGAAGCAGCGCUGUUUCCUCUGAGGAACAGCGGCAUCAGGAUAUUUUCGUACAUAGACGACUAUCUCAUUUGCUCUCACUCUCGGGAACAGGUGAUCAAAGAUUCCGUUACGGUGCUGGAUCACCUCACAGACCUCGGUUUCAGAAUAAACGAGGCAAAGAGUCGCCUGGAGCCGGCACAAUGCACAGAGUAUUUGGGGCUCAGUAUAAACUCCCUCUCGUAUCGCGUCAGGCUGUCGGAGGCGAGGGUGACGGCAUUCAGUCAGUGUCUCGCGCUUUUCCAGCUGGGGAAAGCAGUGAGUUUCAGACUAUGCCUUCGGCUUCUCGGACUCAUGGCGUCCGUGAUAUUUGUGGUGCGGCUGGGGCUGCUUAUGAUGAGGGAUUUUCAGCGAUGGGUGGCAUCUCUGCAUCUGAGCUCUCAGCGUCAUCUGCGCCGCAGAGUGAGGAUAACGGCGCAGUGCAUUAUGGCACUCCGGCCGUGGAGAGACCCGACGAUAUUAACGUCUGGCGUACCUCUGGGGGCGGUGUCGUCCAGGGUAACCAUGACGACGGACGCUUCUCUUUCGGGGUGGGGUGCGGCGCUUCUGGGCAGGACAGCCAACGGCGUGUGGCCCCAGCGGAUGGCGCAACUUCACAUAAAUGUACUGAAGAUGCAUGCAGUGUUUUUGGCACUCAGACAUUUUCUGCCCCAUCUUUACGGCCGUCAUGUCUUAGUGAAGACAGACAACUCCACUGUGGUAGCUUAUAUCAACCGCCAGGGAGGCACACGGUCUCUGCAGCUGCACAGGUUAGCUCAGAAGUUAAUUGUGUGGAGCAGUUCAAGGUUCCUGUCUCUCAGAGCAACCCAUGUAGCAGGGAUUCUGAACAGGGGAGCGGACCUAUUGUCCAGGGGGAACCCGCUGUAUGGAGAGUGGAGGCUCCACCCACAGGUGGUAGCACAGAUUUGGCGGAGAUACGGCCAGGCAGACGUAGAUCUCUUCGCCUCUCAAGAAAACACUCACUGCCCACUGUUCUUCUCUCUGUCGGACGUGAGCGCACCUCUGGGCGUCGACGCUCUGGCCCACCAGUGGCCAGAUGUUCUGCUGUAUGCCUUUCCGCCUCUCAGCCUGAUUUCUCCGACUCUGGCCAGAGUGCGGGAGCAGGGGCUAACACUGAUUUUGGUGGCUCCUCGGUGGCCGUCCAAACACUGGAUAGCAGAGAUAAUACAGCUUCUGGCAGACGAACCAUGGCCACUCCCCAUACGCAGGGAUCUUCUCUCCCAGGCUCGGGGCGAGAUUUAUCACCCUCACCCGGACCGGCUGUCUCUUUGGGCCUGGCCAGUGAUAGGUGGAACCUGAAUGCUGCGGGCCUGCCUCCAGAGGUCAUUGACACUAUUCAGAAUGCUAGGGCUUCCUCCACCCGCUCCCUUUACAGUGGUAAAUGGCGGAUUUUUGAGGAUUGGUGCCAGCCUAGGGGCAUUAUCCCGUUUCAGUGUUCAGUGGU